AUGUGGAGAAGCACGACGGGUCUUUGUGGUUCAAGCGUUUGGGGUCCGGUAACUGGCGAUGGCUUAGAUCUCACUCCAUGCGCCCGUGAAGUCAUUCUGAAUGCUAUACUACCUCUAUGUGCUAUACUUUUUUCUAUAAUAUAUCUAGUUCUUCGUACGUGUCGCAGACCAGCAAGUUUCUAUACUCCUUUGGUAUUCAAUGAUCAAGACGCAAUACCGCAGCAUGAACAUGGAUAUGUACCAGUUUCGAAAUAUGAUAUCAGUCAGCUAGUGAUAUCCUUCAUUCAGUUGGGAUUUGUAGGUUUUCUUUUCGGUUGGGAAGCUGAAAAAAAAGAUAACAGUGGCUUUUAUUCUGUAGUUGGGACAAUAGGCCAAUUUAUUUCUUGGUUUUACAUUGUGAUAUUGCUAGCAUGUCAUUUUAUGACGCGGAAAAAUCAAACUCAAUAUGCUUUUAUUAGACAACUAUUGAUUUUAUACACGCUUUUCUUUAUUAUUGCGUGUCUAAAUCUUCGUUCAAUGAUUAAUAGUAAAAAAAAUCAAGCGGAAGGAUAUGAACUUGUAUUUGCAAUAUGGAACUUUGGGGCUUGUGGUAUUUUAUUUGCUUGUUCUCUUAAACGACCACGAAACCCUGAAUUGAGAUACGCAAGAAACAACCGUGUAAUAUCUCAUGAUACAGUUGCGUCUCUAUGGUCUCUUCUCACUUUUGGGUGGAUGUCUUCGAUGGUUAGACUGAGUAAUAGACGUAAACUCACUGAAGAAGAUUUAUGGGAAUUACCAUAUAGAUGUCAAGCUGAUCAUUGUUACAGAGAAUUAAAUCGAAUAAUGAGCACAGAACUUUUAUCACGAUUACUUCGUGCCAAUGCCAACAAUCUUCUUCUUUUUCUUUUGAUUGCAACAUUUCGAUCUAUUUUUGCCUUUACCACCCCUUUCUUUCUUUAUAAAUUAUUAAAAUAUUUGUCUGAAAAUAAAGAGGGAACAUAUACUGAGGAGCCCUAUCUUUAUGUAUUUGGAAUAUUAUGUUCUGAACUUGCUAGAAUCAUUUUCUUAAAUCAGUUAAACUACCAGGUAGUGUGGCUAGGUAUCCGUGUAGAACAAAUGCUAAGUGUGUUAGUGUACGAGAAACAAUUACAUUUAAAGGUUUCAUCCAGAUCUAGUAAUAGACAAAACAAUGUUCUAACAACUGAUGUUGGUGAUAUUGCUGGCUUCUUCUCCAAUCUUCCUUUCCUUUUGACAAUUCCAUUAGAAAUUAUUGUUGCAACUGUAUAUUUAUAUUUUUUGCUAGGAGUUUCUAGCAUUAUUGGUAUUGUAAUUAUGAUAAUAUGCCUUUUAAGUAAUAAAAGGUUAGGAAGACGCGUCUCUAGGUUACAGAAGCGGGUCAAGAAAGUAAGAGAUGAAAGAGUCAGUGAAAUUUUUGAACUACUUCAUGUAGUUCGAACAAUAAAAAUGUAUGGUUGGGAAGAAAGUUUUUAUGAAAGAUUAAUGUACUCGCGUAAUAUUGAACUUAAUCAACUUCGACGGUUAUUUUGGCGCACCACCUUUCUCACUUUGCUAGUUCACCUUACUCCAUUCCUUGUUACAUUGUUCGCUUUUGCUUUUAAUGCAUGUUUUAUGAAAGAGACUUUAACGGCCGCUGUUGCUUUCACAAGUAUUAUAUUAUUUAAUACGUUAAAACAGCCAUUACAAAAUUUUCCGAAUUUGGUUGUCGAACUUGUGGGACUUGGUGUAUCAAUAAGACUUGAUGUUGCUUGGAAUUAUGAUAUUAAUAUUCAGGACCCUAAUGAUUUCGUAUUGAGGAAUGUGAAUUUAGAGUUUCCUCUUGGAAAAUUAAGCAUUCUCUGUGGAAAAAGUUCUUCCGGAAAAACUCUUCUUUUUCUUUCGUUCCUUCAAAAUCGUUAUUGGGAUGUUGUUGACCUUUGUUGUUUAAGUAAAGAUUUUGAAAAUAUGGAUGAAGCAGAUUUCACUAAGUGUGAUGAAAAAGAUCUAAUAUUAAAAGAUGAUCAAAAAGCUCGUAUAGCGCUCGCAAGAGCAUUAUAUAGUUCCGCACAAAUUUUGCUCUUAGAUGAUUUUUUGUCAACUAUGGAUUCAUCAAUGGCACAUCAAAUUAUUGAGAAUUGCCUAAAAGGUCCGAUUAUUAAGGGAAGGACUGUGAUAAUUGCGACACACUAUGUUCAAUCUCUUUUGGACGUCGCUAGUUAUAUUGCAAUACUUGGUGAUGGAACUGUUUUAGCCAAAGGCACUCUUGAACAAGUACGUGAAUCGGGAUUUUUAAAUGAUGAAAUUCUUGGAAAUGACCUAGAUGUAGAACAAACCCUAGAUAAAAGUUUACGGAACUCGAUAAAUAGGACUUUUGAAAAAUAUAUUACUGAUAAGAAAACUUGGGCGGCAGAAGAAGCGCAAUUUCAAGGAAAGAUUCCGUUCAAAAUUUAUCUUUUUUACCUAAAGUCUAGUGGUGGCUUAUUAAUUUGGUUUAUGCUAGUUUUUUUAUUCAUAAUCAUUCGAGUUUUAACUGUGGGUGAGACUUAUUGGUUAAGUUUGUGGAGGAUAUAUGCCCUUAUUGCCUUAAGUUCUGCCAUUUUUACAAUUGUUCGCAUGGCUUGGCAACUUUUUGUAUCUCUUAAAGGUUCAAGAACUUUGUUUUCAGAGUUGCUUAAUGCUAUUUUAAGAGCACCCAUGAGCUUUUUUGAUACUGCACCCCUUGGAAAAAUUAUGAAUAGAUUUUCUAAAGAUUUGGGUAUGAUAGAUCAGAGUCUUAUGACAGUUAUGUCGGGUUUUCUUGGAAAUGCUAUUGGGGUAAUAAGUGUACUUGCAGUUGUCACUGCCGUGACAUAUGAAUUUCUCAUAGUUUCCAUUGUUGUUGUCGUGUUAUAUAUUAUCAUUGGCAACAUGUACAUCAAUGCUUCAAGAGAAUUGAAACGUUUGCAGUCUAUAACUCGUUCACCCGUUGUUUCUUGGUUUAGUGAAACAGUGGUCGGCAUCGCAACAAUUCGAGCAUUUAAUGUUGAAAAACGAUUUCUUAAAACCUUCAUUUAUCGCCUAAAUACAUCAAAUCGAACAACAUAUCUACUUCAUAUGUCUAAUCGAUGGAUGUCUGUUCGCUUGGGUUGCAUAGGAGCUUUUGCAUCAUAUUUAGCUGGUAUUUUUAUUCUACGGAAUUCUAUGAGUGAUGGUUUGGCUGGUUUUUGUCUAAGCUAUGCGCUUGGAUUUGUACAGAUUGUAUUUAUGCUAGUCAAGGAUUAUUCAUCCAUGGAAACUAACCUAAAUAGCGUAGAACGCGUUAAGGAAUAUAUAGAUAUGCCACAGGAACCUUUAUUAGUCGUAAAUGCACCUCCUCCAGCUGCAUGGCCGACUGAUGGUAACAUUAAAGUGUCCCAACUAACAGUUAAUCAUCCACAAAAAGAAGAACCCGCACUUGAGGAUAUUUCAUUUCAUGUUAAAACUAAAGAAAAAAUUGGUAUUGUUGGAAGAACUGGAGCUGGUAAAUCUACUUUGGCGAAUUCAUUUUUAAGGUUGACAGAAGCUACUAAAGGCCGAAUUGUGAUUGAUGGAAUUGAUAUUUCAGAGAUUAGUUUAGAAGAUCUUAGGUCACGAUUGACUAUUAUAUCUCAAGGGACAAUUAGAUCAAAUUUAGAUAUUCGGUUAGAACAUGAUGAUCAUGAGUUAUGGGAGUCAUUAAGGCGAGUUCAUCUCAUUCAUAUAGAGGAAAAUUUAUCAAAUGGACAGGCUUUAAUUAUUGGGCCAAUAACAAACUUAAAUGAUCCGGUUAAUGAAGGCGGUAGCAACUUUUCUCGAGGUCAAAGGCAAUUGAUUUGUUUUGCAAGAGCAUUGUUAAGACGAUCAAAAAUAAUUAUUAUGGAUGAAGAAACAGAAAAAAAAAUACAAGAAAUUAUUCAUGAUGAGUUCCAAAACUCUACAGUUUUAAAUAUUUCAUAUCAGUUUAAAGAUAUUAUAGAUUCAAAUCGAAUUCUUGUUCUUGAUAAUGGAGUGAUUAUUGAAUAUGAUACACCUCAGAGUCUUAUAAAAAAUCCUGAAAGUUUAUUCAGACAAUUGUGUGAACAGAGUGGUGAAUUAGAAUCUUUAAUGGAAAUUAUGAGAUUAAAUCAAUCAGAAGAGGAAAAUGAAGAAGAAUAUUAUGAGGAACAUCAUAUUUAUAAUGAUGAUAUGAUGAUGAAUUAA